AUGCGUCGCAUUCGGGCCGAUACCGGACGCCCGUGGGUUCUUUCCGAUGGACUGGAGAACGUCAUCGAACAAGGCAUUGCGCAAUUCGAAUUGAUGACUGGUCGGAAGGCGCCUCGUCGACUGAUGACUCUUGAGGUGCUCCGCAAUUACGAGGGCGAUGAUGGGCGGUUUGACGAAAAGACCAUUCAAGCCAGACUGGAUGGUGUUUGUUCAUAG